AUGUAAUAUCCUUCCGAUGCAAUCGAAGUUUAAGAAUUUGCAGCAGGACCGAACUUGAUAUACACAAAUGGAGAUGAUUCACAAAAGGAUCACGUUGUUGUAGACAUUCACACAGUUUGGGAAUUGAAUGUGACUGGAUUGACUUUUCCAACUGUAACUGAUGUGGCAUAUGCAGACAUACUGAUAGAUCCACAUUGGGUUAAUGAACAUAAGUUUUGGUUCCUCUAUUAGUUGCAAUCAAGUAAAUAGGUUGAAAUCUUUGAGUGCACAACUCAAACUAAGUUAUCUAGAGAUGUUCAUUGUGAAGAACAUGCCAAAUUUAAGAUUCCAAAUUUAUUGAAUCCAAGUACUUCUCAAUUCGAUUGGGAUGCAGAAGAAGGUGAUGUAUUAACACUUUAAUUCCUCGAAAAUGAUUAUUAGAUCACAAUCUUCGAAAGUACUCAUGAUUCGUCAGCUCCUUUAUUUUCAUUACCAUAACCUCCCUUAGACCAAAUACCUGAAAAUAAGAUUUCUUCAUUUACUGUUUUGAGAAAAGCCAUCUAUAUUGUGAUGCAAAAUAAAAAGGAAGUUGACGCUUGGUUUGGCUUCUUCCCCACACCAACAAAACAUGUCAUUUCCAGUAAAACAAUUAAAGAUUAGGGAAGUGAUAGAAUAUUUGAACCAAAGAAAGUGUUUGGUAAUCCUGCUUUGAAAAGCGAGUUUGUGUUGAUUCAAUCUAAAGAUUGCAUUUUCUUCGGAGACAUGAGAAAUACCUUUACUCUAAUUUAUGUGUUCGACAUCAUCCCUGAUGCUGAAAUUAGAGCCUAUUUGGGAAUGAGAACAAUCUUCAUUGUUCAAAAGAGUGAAACCCAAGGAUUCAAGAUCCAAGAAUACAAUUACGAGAAGUUGAACAACAUCUACUUGAUGAAAGAAUUACCACUAUACGAUUACGUCAUCCAAAGUCCAUUGACAACUGACUUCUGUUAUUAAACUGGAUUCUUGUUUGUCCGUGCUUUGGACCCAGCCUCAUAGGAAACUGUGAUUUUGGUCUAUGAAUCAAAUGUCCUCUAUCAAUUAUCAUUACACAAAGUAGUUAAAACACAUUUGAAAAUUAAUGAUGGACAAGUCAUGAAUAUGGCUGCAGCUGGUCAUGACCAAAUGUACAUGUAUGUCAACAAUCAACAGAAUGUCUAAAAGAUGGUUGGAUUCUUAAGAGAUGCCCUUGUUAAUUUAUAACCAUCACAUCUAUCCAAUCAAUAUAUCACCAAUUUGGUGGCCACAGUCAAUAUCACCAAUCAAGCAGUGACUAAACCCAUGUCAAUUAAAUAUCCUGUUAAGUACAUUAACACUUAAACCUACAUUCAAGUUAAUUAGGAGGAGUUGGCAAAACAAAAUGCAGAAUUCGUAUUCACCAAUCAAGCAGCAGAUCAAUAUUUGCAAAUCAACACAACUGGAUGGUAAGCUGGAUAGGUUAUUAAAUACGAAGCCCUCUGUGAUUAAUGCGAAUCACAUUUAAUCGAAAUGGUUAAUCCAGUUUAUCACAUUAAUGAUGGAGGAGAUUAUCAAUUCCAUUUUGUUGAUGGAAUUGCUGCUGGCAAUUAAAUGAUCUUCUAAACUGCAGAUUCCAUCAUAAUAUAAGAUGCUUCAGGUGCUUGGGAAAGGCACAAAUUACCAAUUGGAGUUGGUACUGAUUGUAUAUCCAUCACAGCAACAGAUGAUGGAAAAGCUGUUUUCAGUGGAUGCGAAGAAAGAGGAGUUGUUAAUAUUUAUCUAUCAAUUUGUAAUGGUAAAACAUGCACUGCAGCUACACCAGCUUUGUAAUAAGUUGCUUAAGGAGCUAAACAUCCAUCCAAAUUACUUUAUAAAGAUGGAAUUCUCUUCAUUUUGGAUAAUUACAAUGACAGACCUACCUUAUACGAUGGAACUGUUAGAGUCCAUAAGGUCAGUCUUAACGUAGAAGCCAAAACUUGGGAUCUAGAUGCAGGAAAAGUCAUUAAUUCAUAGUUCUUGAGCACUGAACCAACUAUUCCAUUUUAAGCUUCAGAUUUUGAUGUUAUUAAAUACGAAGUUGGUAAUGUUAAUUACUAUAAACUACUCUUAUCCAGUGCUCUUAAGAGAUUGUGGUUUGUUGACCUUUAUUGGGAUAAUGGAACAAUUAAAUUUGGAUAACAUGAUAAAUUUGAAAUUUACAAUUUAAUAGGCAAAAAUUUAGCAAUUCAAGAAGUCACUCGAUUCUAUUAAAUUCGAGCAAUCAAAUCAACCAAAAAGGAUAAGAAACUAUUGACUACUGCAUUGGUGUCUACCACUAACAUGGCCACUUAUGGUGUCACAUUUACCUUCGAUAUUUCAGAUCCUGUUAAAGGAGCACCCGUUGAAUCUGAUGGUACCAUUCCAUUCUUGCUUGCCAAUUAUGGAACAUGGAAAUAACUCAACAAACUUACACUCUUUGAAGAUCAUGUUGCCAUUGCCUAUACUAAUGAUAAGAGUAUUUUAGUUGCUGUUUAUGUAUUGCCAACCGUCGACCAUUAUGCUCUCUAGGAAGGGGAACCUAAAGUUAUCACUCUCAUUGGAGGUGAAGAAGAUGAGUAAACUACUCAAAUCUCUACUCAAUUUGUCAUGACUCUAUCAAAAGAUGCAGCAUUAGCAAGACCUGUCCUCCAUACCAACCUUGUAUAUAACAUUGCAUAAAAGGAAAAUAUGCUCGUCAAAUAUGGAGUCACUGAUUUUCCAAGAUUACACAUCCAAAAGGGAGAUCAAAUCAAAGAACAAGUUGUGUCUAUCUUUGCUAAAAAUGACUAUGGUUAAGCUAAAGGAGUCAUUCGUUUAACCAAAAAAGAUCCACCUAAUCCCAACCCUCCUAAACCAGAUGAUGAUUCCAAAGGAAGUAGCAAUUGGUGGUGGAUAACCUUGAUCAUUGUCUUUGGAGUUGCCAUCCUAGCCGUUGGUGGAUACUUUGUCUAUGCAAAAUAUUUUAAAUCCUCCAAUACACCAUUACAUGUUUAAUCCUAUUGA